AAGUGAACGACAACGCUUUUUCAAAGCAACCUGUCUUCAAUUGGUAUAAAAAUUUUCAGCGUUGUUCAUUCCAUUCCACUGCUCCUUUGUUCGAUUCUGAAUGAAACUUCAUCUGAAAAUCUAAGCGUUCAAUCAUAAAUAUUAGUCUGAAGUGAUUUGGAAUAGACUGUACCUUCCCAUACUAUAAUCGGUCUUUCAAAGUCCUCUUCCCGUUCACCAAUACAGCUAACACGAAACAUCAAACAAUUGCUACUGUGUGCGAAUAUUCGCAAACGCAAACAUCGAUAGCGCGCCCCUAGAAAGGAAAACCGUCCACAAAGAAGAAGUCUGAAGACCUCGUCGAUUUGCAAGCAGGGAACGAAGGAAGUACAAAAGUCAAAAACAAGGUUGCUUCUUGUUUUGAAUAGUGGCGAAAGAUUGAUUUAAAGUGUGUUUUUGCUGGCACGAAAACUCGUCAGAUUCGGAGCAAAUUGCGUUGUUGCUUAGGGCCGUACACGAUUAGCUAAAUUUUGCUGGUUCAAGCGCCCGUCGGAGAACCAGAUAGAACCCAAAACCCUUGUGAUUAUCAUUCUCCAGACUAAACGAAGGUAAAAUGGCGAAUAUGGCUGUAUCCCGUAUCAAGCGAGAAUUUAAGGAAGUUCUGAAAAGUGAAGAGAUUGUUCAGUGUUCCAUAAAAUUGGACAUAGUCAAUGAUAAUUUUACCGAGUUACGUGGGGAAAUUGCCGGUCCGCCUGACACGCCAUACGAGGGUGGCAAAUUUUUGCUGGAAAUUAAAGUACCCGAAACUUAUCCGUUCAACCCCCCGAAGGUUAAAUUCAUCACAAAAAUCUGGCAUCCAAACAUUUCAUCUGUAACUGGAGCCAUAUGCUUGGAUAUACUGAAAGACAAUUGGGCCGCUGCUAUGACUCUGCGGACAGUACUGCUUUCGUUGCAAGCAUUACUCGCCGCUGCAGAACCGGAUGAUCCACAAGAUGCGGUCGUUGCUACCCAGUAUAAAGAUAACCAUGAAAUGUUUAUCCUCACCGCGAAGCACUGGACAAACGUGUACGCCGGUGGUCCUUGUCGGAAUGUAGACUUUGAUCAAAAGGUGCAACGAUUGCGUGAUAUGGGUGUAGCAGACUACGAAGCACGUGCUGCGCUUUCGCGACACAACUGGCACCUGGAACGCGCCUCCGAACAAUUGUUCAGUUAGUUUUAUCAAAUUCGGUAUGCUAUCGAUUCUUGUCUUUUAAAGCACUCACGAUGUUAUUUUUGUUCAAUUUGUUGUUGAAAUUAUCCACGUUUACUCAAACAAAGCGCCACAAUUCGGCAACCAGAAAUCAAUUUGGAAAAAUGGUGGUUUAAAAUAAUGUCUAUAUUGUCAUCCGAUGGGAAAUAAAAUGCUAAAAUUACAACAAAAACAGGUAAGGUGCAUGUAAAAAGCAAAAGCAACUUCCUUUUAUAAAAAGACAGGAGAGCGUACGUAGUGAACUUUUUAGGGAUUUGAGCUGCAGCAAAAUAAUGGUGAUAUCGUAUUAAUAUAAACUGAAUAAAAAAACUCGAAAACCAUUGACGUUUCCUAUCCAUUUAAAAUGUAAAAAAAUCGGCGGAGUAAGUUUUGCCGGUUGCCGUUUGCCUAUCUGUAAUCAUUCACAUUCACACAAUCAUUUAGUUCGGAGCGUGAUUUUGAUAAAUGCCUGUUAUGUAAACUGUAAAUUGAGUAAAUUAAGUAUAUAAGCAUAAACACAUUUGAGUUGAAAUAGUAUAAACGAUAAUGCAUACCGGUUAACCAUUGUAUUCAGCUAUUCACAAUCCUUGUUAGCGUGUACUAGUCCCAACAGAAGACGGCACAGGUGGAAACACUUAUGUUCCCUUUUAUGGACAUCACUAAUGGGGGCUGUUUUCUACUGAUUAUUUUAUUAUUUUGAGCUGAUUGUCCGAAUUUGGGUUUUAACAAUUUGAGUGAACUAUAAUGCGACUCCAUCGCAAGAAAAACGAUGGAAAUGAAUAGCAAUUAACGAUGUUCCUUUAUUUCGGAGUACAAGAGACAAAUUAUGUGCUCCACGGAGUAUCCUUCCUUAAUUUUUAAAACACGAAAUUGUGAGGCAAAAGGAUACGAAUCAAUGACAAUUUUUAACGAGUUUUGGCCAAUUCUUCCAAACCGUUUCAACACGCUUAGCACAUACCCAUACGCAAUCGAAUACAAACUGAAAAUUGGUAUUGGAAAAGUUGGUACUUAAAAUUCGCUCCAGUAAAUUGUGAUUGCGAAAAGUGUAGAGCUACACGAGAAUUGUUUCGAUUACAUGCAAAUGUUUUGAACCCUUAUUUUGCGGCACAUGAGCAUUGUUUUAGUCACAAUUAUUGAAAAUAUGAUUUAAGAAGUUGUCUGUAAAAGUUUCAAGAAAUACAAAAAUCGCCAAAACGAAACCGCUACUUACAACUUAUGAAAAUCUGUAAACUAUAGGACGGAAUACAAGAAAGCAACAAAAAUGAUAACUUUUUUUACCGCUGCGUUCGUUUACAAUAAAAAUUGUUUGCCUAUUUCUUCAAAAAA